AUGCCCCAUUCUUCUAUCCCCCGGGUCGACGACUUCAAAAUUCCAGGUGAUGUGCACGUCUUUCUUGCGACAGACCUUCGACCUCGAGUGUUUAUGUUCCUAGCCAUGACUCAACCUUCAGAAAUCCCGUCGGUCAGCCCUACAGAUAAUGCAGAUGGCACCACAAACAAGAGACGAACCAAAAAAAGAAUCAGAGCAUUUACAGCAGAAGACCGGGCAACACACCGUGUAAUUGAGAAACAACGAAGAGAAGCUUUAAAUGAACGAUUUCUGGACCUAGCACGACUUCUACCCGCACUUGCAGAUUGUCGACGGUUAUCUAAAUCCAUCAUCGUUCAUGAGAGUAUAGCGCAUCUACAGACACAGCGUACCAUGUUUCUAGCGGCAGCGAGCGAAGUCCAGACCCUGAUCGCUGAAAACCUGGAGCUUAUUGCAGAGGUCAAUCGAUGGCGGGGACAGUUCUCUGAUAGGAGCCCAUGCCAGCCAAAGCCUCUCGGCGACGGAGUGUUGGCACUGCUCAAAGUUGAUCAGGAGGUAUUCGGAACUUUUCCUGCUGGCUUUGGGGACAAUUCGACUGGAGACGGUGAUGAUGAGGAACACAGGGGUCAAAACCAUGACCUGCAGCAAACUGAAGGAAUUCGGCACUCCAUUUCAGAUUCAUUGCCAAGGCCAGAAGUCCCAAUGGUUUUACCUCAAAACAUUGUACCCAUAACCUCUCCUAGCGAUCCUACGCUACUUUUCACGGGGCUAGUAUCAUCUACGUCGACUGGUGUUCCUACAAGCAGUACAUUGCCAUGCUCAGAACUGCAGACAGACUUGUAUAACCCAUCCGGCAACGACCUUUUCACUAUUCGAGGCACAACUUACGGCGAGCAUCUAGACUCUACUUUCGGAAUACCUCCUAUGGCACACCAAUUCGAUGACACGAUUGUGAAUCAAAAUGUAUUUCCCAACGUUCCAAUGCCAAUGCCCGAGAUAAAUUAUGGUCCAAGUAAUGUAUUUCUUUACGGCUGGCAAGCAUGA